AGUUGACAAGUGUUGAAAUUCCCCAAAACCCCCAAAUCAACCCAAAAUUAGUUCAGAUCAAUGAAAAAUGUUCCCAGCAAAACGUUUAAUGUCGGAACUUGUGGCACGGGGUGGUCCUUUGAUUGCACCACGGAUUCUAUCAAGAUUACUGCCAUCAGUGAUUGUCCAGUCCCGAGGUAAGAAAAGCGACGUCAAAGAUCCAAAUUCGUUGUUCCAUCCGAUCCCAGUGCAGCCGACCUCCGACGACAUAAACGUCGGUGCCCAGAUAACUGGUGGCUCCCUGAAGAAGUCCGAUCUCCAGAGAAUUCUCUCAAGUUUCUUCCAACGAAAAGAAAUAACAGAUUUAUCCCGAGACUACGGUCUGGAUCACGAUCUCCAACAGCAGGCCUUCAAUAAUUUUCGUAAGUACUGCCUGGCCACUGAUACCCUCCCCGUGGACCUUCACGUCGUCAUCUCGGACAUUCUCCAGGGGGCAGGUCACGUAACCGACAUAUUCCCUUAUUUUAUUCGUCAUGCGAAGGAAAUUUUUCCCCACCUUGAGUGCAUGGACGAUCUGAAGAAAAUAUCUGAUCUUCGAACACCGGCUAAUUGGUAUCCCUUGGCAAGAUCAAUCACCAGGAAGAUUAUUUUCCACGCUGGGCCCACCAACAGUGGAAAAACUUAUCACGCUCUGGAGAGAUUUAGAACAGCUAAGAGUGGACUCUACUGUGGACCACUGAAACUUCUAGCAACUGAGGUCUUCAGGAAAACUAACGACCUGGGUACACCGUGUGAUUUAGUCACUGGUGAGGAAAGACUAUACGCAAGAGGUGAAGCACAACCAGCUGAGCACGUGUCCUGUACAGUGGAGAUGGCGCGUAUUAGUUUACCAUGUGAAGUAGCUGUCAUUGAUGAGAUUCAAUUGCUCAAGGAUUAUGGGAGAGGAUGGGCCUGGACACGGGCGCUGCUUGGAAUUCCGGCAAAUGAAAUUCACUUGUGCGGAGAAGCCGGAGCUAUACCUUUGGUUCAAGCUCUGUGCACCACGACUGGAGAAGACGUGGAAAUCAGACGAUACAAACGUCUGACGGAAUUGCAAAUCGAGAACGAUGCAGUGAGAAAUUUGAAGAAUAUUCAACCUGGAGAUUGCAUUGUGUGCUUCAGUAAAAAUGACAUUUACACAGUGUCAAGAGAACUCGAGGCUCUGGGAAUUGAAGUGGCGGUUAUUUAUGGUGGACUUCCACCAAACACAAAGUUAGGUCAAGCUGCCAAAUUCAACGAUGCCAACCAUUCGUGCAAGGUCAUGGUGGCAACUGACGCUAUAGGAAUGGGUCUCAAUCUACACAUCAGACGAGUGAUCUUCUACUCCAUGAUAAAGCCAACGGUGAACGAAAAAGGUGAGAAGGAGAUGGACAAAAUAUCGGUGUCAUCCGCUCUACAAAUAGCAGGUCGUGCUGGUCGUUACGGUACCCAAUGGGACAAGGGUUUUGUUACAACAUUUAAACCCGAGGAUCUUCCCCUGCUGAAGUCGAUACUCAGUCAAACACCAGAGCCGAUUGUUCAAGCUGGUCUUCAUCCAACCGCCGAUCAAAUCGAACUCUACGCAUAUCAUCUUCCAAAGGCCGCCCUAUCCAAUCUCAUGGACAUAUUCGUGUCGUUGUGUACAGUCGAUGAUUCCCUGUACUUCAUGUGCAAAGUAGAUGAUUUUAAAUUUUUAGCAGACAUGAUUCAGCACGUUCCCCUCCCACUGAGAGCGAGAUACGUUUUUUGUUGUGCUCCAAUCAACAACAAAGUUCCCUUUCCCUGCACAAUGUUCCUUAAAUUUGCCAGACAGUACAGCAAGAACGAGCCCAUAACAUUCAACUGGCUGUGCCAGCAAAUAGGAUGGCCCUUUCAACCACCCCAGAGAAUAAUUGAUCUAGUUCACCUGGAGGCAGUUUUCGAUGUACUAGAUCUCUACCUGUGGCUCAGCUACAGAUUUAUGGAUCUUUUUCCUGAUACAAAUAUCGUCAGAGACGUUCAGAAGGAACUCGAUGCCAUCAUUCAGGAGGGAAUCGUACAGCUGACAAAAUUACUCAGAAAUUCGGAGACUGGUGUGAGCAGUGGAGCUGCAUCAGUGGUGGACGAAGAUAAUUUUGCAAUAACUACGCAGAAGAAUAAAUAUUACAGAGAAUCGGGUGAGGGCAUUGGCAGGGGUAAAUUGACGGAGAGAUUACUAUCGCAGGGACUGUUGACACCUUCUAUGCUCCAGGAGCUCCAGAAGGAGUGGACAGAGCAGGGACAGAAGGGAAAGCCCAUUGUGAAGAAAAUUGGAAAAGGAAGAAAAUGGAAAUGACAGUUAAAUUUCAAACUUAUUUUUUAAACGUAAGGAAGAUGUACAUACUUUAGGAUUAAAUGAAUUUAUAAUUUA